AUGGGAAUACCGUUGACACGCAAAGUUUCUCAAAAAAGUGAAUCUAUAAAUUACUUUGAUGAAUUUAUAUCAACUGAAAUUCAGCAGUUAUUGUAUGAAAAAGCCAAAAAGAUCUAUCAAAAAAAUAUCAAUAAAGACGAUGAUCCCCAUUCAAAUUUUGAACUAGGACGAAUUAACCAUUAUGGUUUUGGAACUACUAAAAAAGAUCUUUACAAAGCCCUUGAGUAUUACGAAGUUGCAGCCAAGGAAAAUCACCCUGCAGCUCAAUAUUUAUUAUGCAAUAUUCAUACCGAUGAAGCUAUAAGGAGCAGUAAAAAUAUCAAUCGUAAAGAUUUGUUAAAAAUGCAGGUUGACAAUUAUCUUAAAUCUGCGUCACAAUCAAAAAAUUACUGCAACGCUGCCGAAGAAUUCUGGAAAUUAUACCAAACAACAAGAAAAUGGCAAGAAAGAGUACAAUAUGUUGUACACCAGUCCAUUGAUCGAGUUAAAAAAUCAAGUUAUAGUCAUGCAGACGAAUUAGGUGAAUUUUAUAAUCAAUUGGGUUAUUUAACGUACGUGUUAGGACCGGUCGAUCACGAUCUUGACGCUGAACAGUGUUUUGUUAUGGCCGGUCGUCUAUCUAACGCCGCUGCGUUUUGGAAUAUCGCUAAUUUAAUCGACGAUAGCAAUAACAAUGAUGCACGCCAAAAUAAUAACAGCCAUAUUAAUAACUCCACCGAUAAUAGCACACCACAUGUUCGUGACUAUGAGUUCACAUAUAAAGCUGCCGUCGCUGGUCAUCAUGAAGCGCAAUUUCGGCUAGCCAUAGACAAUCAUUAUAAUGAAGAAGUAGGCAAAGAAAGAGAAUGUAAAAAGGCUUAUGAUUAUUUACUCAAAUCGUCAAAGUAUUCAUUUUCUAGCACAUUAUACUAUCUAGGUUUAUUUCAUUUGUGUGGCAUGGGUAAUACACCACAGAACUAUACGACAGCGAUAGAAUAUUUUGAGCAAGCUGUUGUUUCGGCUGAUUAUGUAGGUGGUAUUGGAUGCAAGUCAGCCAGUAUAUGUUUAGGAUUUAUGCAUGAAAAAGGUUGGGGCGUUGAAGUAAAUUAUACGACUGCUAGCCAUUACUUAGCAACUGCCGCAGAAUUACAACAUGAUGAAGCCUGUAUUCGUUUGGCCAAAUUAAUAGAGAAAGAUAAAAUUAAAUCAAAGGAGAAAAAAGACGCUAUUCCAUUUUAUGACAUGAUAUGCCAAUCGACUAAUUUAGAAGCAUCGUGUUAUGCCAAUUACCGCUUGGGUAAAUUAUACAUGAAUCAUUAUCAGCACUUGCAAGUAGACAAAGACAAACAUCUUGAAUACUUGCAAAAUUUUCUAACUAUUGCUGAGGAUCAAUUGCAGUAUAAGUCACCACGUGUUUGCUAUCAUUUAGGCAUUAUUCAUCAACAUGGUUACGGUAAUAUUGAAAUGGAUCAUGUUAAGGCUUCCGAUUUUUACCAAAUUACUAUAAGUCAAGCUGAAAAAUACUAUAGAUAUAUUCCAAUCUACUACAGUAAGAAAGCCAGAAAAAGAUUGGAAAAAUUGAAAACUGUCAAACCUGAUUGUUUCGAUUCUAGCAAUAAGGAUAUUCACGUUAACAUCGAUGACUAA